AUGUGCUCUGACGAGAACGGCGCCCACCAUGCGAUCUACUACCUCAACGCUCAGCUCGAGGCUUUGUAUAACCAGCGAAGCACUGCCUCGCUGAGCAUGCUGGGUCGCGUCGCCCAGAGAGCCUACAGCGCUGCUAGCUUGGACGGUUCCUUCGAUGUCGCUUUCCACGCCACCUUCGGCAAGCCCGUCCUGGAGUUUAUCUGUGGCCACAACGCCGUCCUUCACCUCACUCUGGAUGAAAGUCGUUUGGUUGUAGGCGGCCGCUCUAUCUAUGGGAACAACCUUCUCAUCAGUGAAUAUGAGAGCACGAUCAACCUCCUGAUCCUCGACUUCAAAAACUCAGUCCUUCUUUCUACCUUCCCGCAUGUUUCAUUCGGGAGCGUCCAGCUCACGCGUUUCCUCGCGGGCUAUCUUCAAUUGCUCCAGGAAGCUGGCAACCAUGUUCUCUUCUCCCCUCCCAAGUUUGGUCCCUACAGCCCGAUGAUGAUCACCGACUACGCUCUCUUGGACCUCUCUCAGGCCUUCUUCCACAACUCCAUCCGAGGAAUCAGCGUCGACCAGAUCAACACCUAUCUUACUUCGAUCUGGCUCAAGUCGUCCAUGCUUUCCUACCGCGGCAUCAACGGCGAGAAGGGCAACUGGCCUCUUCGACUCCUCGCGCAGUUCAACACGAGGUCGUACGGGCAAGGGACGUACGGCCGCUUCCGUAUGGGACUGGAGCCUCCUACCGUUGAGAUCGUUUGCGACAAGGAGCUCAUCAUGUACUUCAACAUCGACGAACUUGAUUGUUUCGAUCACAAUGGGAACAUCACUCACUCUUUCAAGGGCUGGAAGGUUGCUCUAGUCGUCGAUGUUUUGUACUCCGACGAAGCCGACGGUCGCGCUGUGACCCUUCGGCUCGACUUUGACAAAGGCGCGUUCUCGCCGACUGAUCAUAUCUCGCACUUCCCCGGUCUCGACGAGGAUGACGCGUUCUGCGGCGAACAGACGGAACUUCUCGUGCGAUUCUUCACCAAGGAGUACCUCCGCCUCCUCAAGGACGUCCACUACGACGUUCUAUACACCCACGACACCCGCUGGGAGACCGUCCACAAGCCUCUUGAGCACCCCUCCGGCGGGUGGGAAGUUGGCCUUCCGGACCACUCGCGCGACUCGAUCCGGCACACACACAUGUACGGCUUCGACCAGGUCGCCGCGCUCUCACACGGCUCGCUCGACGCGCAUUUCGCCUCCCUCCGCAAGAGCGCGCACGGUAUCCUGCGCCAGUGGACGCACGACAAGUUCUUCGACGCCAAGUUCAAGCCGCUCACGGUCCGCCUUCUCAGCGACAACCGCGCGAUCGUGUGGGUUCACCUCAAGGGCGGCGUCCUCACCACGCUCCGCGAAUGGGUGCCGUCCCUGGAGUCCGACGCGACCGCUACUUUCGGCGAGUGGCGCCUCGCCUUCGAGGUACCACUGAAAAAGUGCUCGCAACACGAGCUGGAGGGCUUUGAUUCGGUCGGAUACCGGAACACCAUGGCCUUCCAGAAGCACGGCGUCGUCGAAGACUGCGAGCUCUACCACAUCUGUCUCGAUCUCCACAACGCCGAUUACAUCCACGAGUACUCGCUUUUCGCCGACCUCACCCAGGACAGGCAGGGGAUCCGCCACUCCGUCCUCAAGCUCCAGGCGGCCAUCCACUACGUCACUCAACACUACUUCCCGGCCCUCUGCCGGGAGGCCUACCACGUCCUCACCAGCGUCCCCGUCUGGAAGCCGAACGCGACUCUCCCCUCCUCCUACGCGCUCACCAGCGUCGACUUCCAAGUCUACUCGUCCGCGCGCGUCACGCGCAAGAACUGGGCGCACGUCUCGGUCGGACACCAGCCUGUACUCGUCGUCUUCGGCAUGACCGCACACCGCCCCCGCCCGCGCACCACCUCGACUGCCGAGGCCGCGCGCGGCUUCUCGCACGGCACGCUGAGUAUCGCGCGGCGCGUGUUCAUGGACGAGCGCGUGCUCACGCUCCUUGCGCGCGUCAACGUGCUCACCACGCUCGUCCCCCAGCGCGCGGACGCGCUCGAGCAGCAUGAUUUCCGCGGGCUCCAGCUUGUGCCCUGGGCUCGCCACGAGCAGCGCAAGAAGUGGCCGGCCGAGUGGUACCUCUGGCGGCACGACGAGCGCUGGCAGUACGAUUCGCGCGGCAACGCGAACCCGACGAACACCUCGCGCGGCGUAUCUUGCGUCACCCGCAACUAUGUGGAGCUUCCGACCGCCGUCAGGCAAGGCGCUCUGAGCAUCAGGAUCGGCGGCGAGGUCGAGCUCAGUGUCUCGCUGCAGAACACGAGGACCUACACCGCCCGCGCUUCCGUCAGCUGGUCGACGCACGUCACCGUCCACACGCUCGGGAACACCAUCAGGGUUGACACCGUCGGCUCGCACGACCCCGUCUUCACCCCGGCCACCUACGCGAUCGGGCCCGACGUCGUCCCAUUCGCCGAGCUCGCGCUGUCCGCGACGCUCGCCGACCCGGUCAUGCUCCUCGUCGAGGCGUUCCCGCCCAAGGUCGACCUCGAUGGGCUCGUCCGCGAGAUGCGUGCGUUCGAGGGCGCGUGGCAGUACUGCUUCCCCCUCGCGGGCGCGGGCGCGUACGCGCUCGGCAGCCCGAUCUUCAACGCGGACGGGGACCUGCUUUUUGAGCUCCGUCGGCACGGCGCCAGCUCGCGCGAGGGCGACGGUGGGCGGCGGCUCCGCCAGAAGCGGGCGCCGCUCGCGAUCACGAACGGGAGCGCACCGGAGUGGCAGUUCGCCACGCCGCGCAACGGGGUCGAAGUCAUCAACGAGAGGACGGACGGGCCCGGGGUGUACAACGGCAACGGCAACCCGACGUUGAAGGCGACUGCUCCCGCCCCGGAGUUCUCUGGCGUCGCGGAGUGA